UGGCACCACCGUCCCGGCCUCCCCCGGCCCGGCCCAGCUGGCCCUUUGGCGGUUCGACCGUGGGCCGUGCGGGGAGGGUUUGGUGGCUCAUGAGUGCCGGUGUUGGGCUGGAAAUAGUGAAUAAUCCCCCUGCUGUCACUCCCCCGCCGUUCUCUGGCUUCGCCGAGCUGUAGGGGGGCGGUUGCUGGCGGGGGCCGCCUUCAGGAUGAAGCUCCCGAGGACGGGCCUAGCUCACCCGCAGCUGUUGCCUUUUUCCCGGAGGGAUAACGGGAUUCUCUUGCCCGAGGCCCCGUGCGGCAUGUGGCACAGCAGAUCCCCGAGGAGAUCCUUGGGAACACGGAGCUGCGGGAGGCGGCGGAGGCCUUGCCCCGAAACUACAACUUCGAGAUCCCCAAGACCAUCUGGCGGAUCCGGCAGGCUCAGGCCAGGAAGGUGGCCCUGCAGAUGCCAGAAGGGCUCCUCAUGUUUGCCUGCACCAUCGCAGACAUCGUUGAGCGGCAUUUCCCAGCAGGGAGGUGACACCACGCCACAAUGUGACCAUGCUGUGAAGGGCCACGCACAGAUGAGGCAGAUGGCUCCAAAGCAAGGAGCAGCCUGUUCCGUGUCCCUGUCCCCAGCAGGAUGGGACGCUCCAGAGUGCCGGCUUCAUCCUCUAGCAGCUCCACGGUGCCAAGGCUGGCUGCUCUUAGCCCGGUCCCUUCAGUCCCCUCCCCACAAAGGUCUGGUGGCACCAGGCACGAUGGACAUGCUGGGGCUGAGGACUCCACUCUGCCGGCGGGAGCAGCUCUGCUUCAUGGGGUUCACAGGCGCAGAGGCGGUGGUGAUGGGUGAUGUGACCUACGGCGCGUGCUGCGUGGAUGACUACACGGCCCGGGCCCUGGGUGCUGACUUCUUGGUUCACUACGGACACAGCUGCCUGAUUCCUAUCGACGCCACACAGGGGCUGAAGAUGCUCUACGUGUUCGUGGACAUAAAGAUCGACACAUCCCAUUUCCUUGAGACCAUUCGCUUCAACUUUGCAGCAGGCACGUCCCUAGCCCUUGUCAGCACCAUCCAGUUUGUCUCCACGGUGCAGGCAGCGUCACAGGAGCUGCGCUCCCAGUACAAGGUGUGUGUGCCCCAGUGCAAACCGCUGUCCCCAGGGGAGAUCCUGGGCUGCACAUCACCCCGGCUUGCCCAGGACAUUGAUGCCAUCGUGUAUUUAGGUGACGGGCGCUUCCACCUGGAGUCCAUCAUGAUUGCCAACCCGGGGAUACCUGCAUACAGGUACGAUCCCUACAGCAAGGUCUUCUCCCAGGAGCACUACGGCCAUGAGCGUAUGCGCCGCGCUCGGCAGGACGCCAUCCGUACCGCCACCGGUGCCCACUGCUGGGGGCUCAUCUUGGGCACGUUGGGGCGCCAGGGCUCCCCCCGCAUCCUGCAGCACCUGGAGUUGCGUCUCCGUGCCCUGGGCCGGCCCUUCGUGCGGGUGCUGCUGUCUGAGAUCUUCCCAAGCAAGCUGCGGCUCUUCCCUGACGUGGAUGCGUGGGUGCAGGUAGCCUGUCCCCGGCUCUCCAUCGACUGGGGAGAAGCCUUCAGCAAGCCGCUGCUGACGCCCUACGAGGCCGCAGUGGCUCUCCAGGACAUCGAGUGGCAGCAGCCUUACCCCAUGGACUUCUACGCCAGCCAGUCCCUGGGGCCAUGGACGGUGAACCACGCCAGCGCACAGCCUCCACGCCGCGGCCGGCCGGCCCAGGGGAAGCCGUCCGCGCCCCCCCCGCCGGUGGAGGGUGAGGAAGGGCCGAGCACCGGGGGCACGGCAGCCUCCUGAGCGCAGCCCGCACCCCGUCCUGCUGCCACCCCGCUCCAGGACCCGGCCGGGGGGUACCGCUGGC